AUGUCAGACGUUCUCCAAAAAACUGCUGCCCCAGAAAAAUUUGAAGUCAAGUUGAGUAGGAAAAGUGUUGUGAAAGCACUCAGUCCUUCACCAGAGCCAUUUACAAUUACUCUCUCAAAUCUUGACCUGCUUUCAGGUCGUUUUCCUGUGACAUACUUGUAUUUCUACCGCAAACCACAAUCAGAUAGCUUCAAGGCUUUUGUUGAUGCUCUUAAAAGCUCUCUAGCACAAAUACUUGACCACUAUUAUCCCUUUGCUGGCCAAAUUGUUCAAAAUCCUAAAACUAGCGAGCCUGAGAUAAUAUGUGACAACAAUGGUGCUCUAAUCAUUGAAGCUCACACAAAUAUCCCUUUAAGGAAUCUAGAUUUUUAUAAUCUCAAUGAAACUAUUCAAGAAAAGGUAGUUUCAGUUGAACCAGAUUUCCCCACGCAAAUUCAGGUGACCGAGUAUUCAUGUGGAGGCAUUUCUAUAGCAUUUACUUUUGAUCAUGCAUUAGGUGAUGCCAGUGCCUUUGGUAAGUUCAUUGCUUCCUGGUGUGAAAUGGCUCAAAAGAAACCACUCUCAUGCAUUCCAGACCAUACUAGACACCUUCGUGCACGUUCUUCUCCUAAUUAUCAACCAUCCUUGGAUCAAAAUUUUAUUAGGUGCACCAUGGAAGAGAUACAGAACAUACCAAUGAACCAUAUCUCAUUGAAACGCCUUUAUCAUAUCAAAGCAUCAAGCAUCCACAUGCUGCAGAAACUUGCUUCUGUGAAUGGAAUCAAGAAAACUAAGAUUGAAGCUUUCUCCGCAUAUGUAUGGAAGAUAAUGAUUGGUACCAUUGAUCAAAGGCAGGAAACCUGCAAGAUGGGUUGGUUGGUGGAUGGAAGAAAAAGAAUGGAAAAAGGUGAGAAUUUGAUGUCAAAUUACAUUGGUAACGUGCUGUCUGUGACAUUUGGGGAGGCAAGCAUGCAAGAAUUGAAGGAAGGCUCUAUAUCCGACAUUGCUAACACAGUGCAUGAGGCAAUUUUAAAGGUAAACAAUGAGGAUCAUUUCUUGGACCUGAUUGAUUGGAUUGAGUGCCAUAGGCCUGGUUUGAUGCUAGCCAAAGCAGUUUUGGGUCAAGAAGUACCAACUCUAGUGGUGUCCUCAGGACAAAGGUUUCCUGUCACUGAAGUUGACUUUGGAUUUGGGACUCCCUUGCUAGGGACAAUGUACACUACCAUUCCAAGUUUAGGAACUGGUUACAUGAACCAAAGGUUAAGUGCCAAGGGUGAUGGUUCAUGGACUGUGUCUGCCAUCUUGUGGCCUGAACUGGAAGCUGCAUUGAUGGAUGACCCAAUUUUCCAUCCCAUGUCUGCUUCUCAUCUUGAACUUUAG